UGUAAAUUGAUUACACCAACCUUCAAACCGCAAUCGUCUUAUUUUUCUUUAAAGAAAUGAUUGAUUGUAGUUGAACAUUUUAAAGCGAAGAGGUGUUUUGUCGAUGGCAACAUAUUUCGAGAACCUGACUUUUGCAAGUUAUUGGAUCUUAUUGUAUUGACAUGAUUGAUGGAAGUGUCAACCCAACCGAAGUAAACAUCUUCUGAACCAAAUUAUUCCUGGAGAUACUGUUGUCCAAACAUGAGUAGAUUUGAUCAGCUGUACAGAAAACUUAUAGUGACCAAGUUCUUCACUAGAGGCUGGGGAGAACCAGAAAACUUGAAAAAAAUAUUUGACUUCAGGAAAGUAUUAGGAAAUAGAGAUGCCUGUUACAAACUGGUUCCUCCUGAUUACCCAGUUACUAUAGACAAGGAUGAGCUCCAAGGUGAUGUUAGAAUACUGGAAGGACAUUUUGUAUCACCAUUUAAAAAGUGUGUACCUGGUCUAAUGCCAAAGGAAACAGAAAUUGCCAGAUUUCAAAUGGUCUUACCAAAAGAAUGGAAAAGUCAUCAUAAACCUGUGUGUUUACAACUGGCUGGCACAGGAGAUCAUUAUUACUGGAGGAGGAGAACAGUUGUAGCUCGUCCUUUGUUGAAAGAAAGUGGAAUUGCAUCUAUAAUUCUUGAAAGUCCAUAUUAUGGUUUAAGGAAACCUAAAAGACAGUUGAGGUCCAGUCUACAUUAUACCUGUGACCUGUUUGUGAUGGGAGGAGCCCUCAUGUUAGAGUCCCUAGUGUUAUUUAACUGGUGUGAACGACAUGGCUUUGGACCAUUAGGUGUAACAGGCAUAUCUAUGGGUGGAUUUAUGGCCUCCCUUGCAGCAUCAGUUUAUCCAAAGCCAAUAUCAUUGAUCCCAUGUUUAUCAUGGACAACAGCCUCCACUGUCUUCACAAAGGGAGUAAUGAGCGAGUCAAUACCAUGGAAGGUUCUUGAAAAUCAAUAUUCAGUGGACACUGUUUAUGCUGAUGAGAUCAAACGCACACUUGUCUCCCCUGAACAGGUUUUAGGUUCCACUUAUAACAUGGGACAUGAAUUUGUCAAAACCUACUCUGACAAGCUUGAAGAUUUAAAGUUAAACCAGUCUCCUGCAGAAAUGGAGAAUAUCUUGAAAGAAAGAAACAGUCAUACUUUCAACGAUCAUGGUGAUAAAAUGGAUGUCCAAGCUGAUAUAGAUUCAAUGGAAGACUACUUAGUUAAGAAAUCUGGAUGUAAGGGAGAUAAUGAGACCGUGGGUAAAUCCACUAUAGACAGGAAAAGUCUUAAAGAUAAUGCCCUGGAUUUUAUGAGAGGAGUUAUGGAUGAGUGCACACAUUUAGGAAAUUUUUCUGUUCCAGUGGACCCAAGUCUGAUAAUUAUUGUAGCAGCCAACCAUGAUGCCUAUGUACCGAGGACCAAUGUUAUAAGUUUGGAGCAAUUAUGGCCCGGUUCUCAAGUCAGAUACAUAGACUCAGGACAUAUAAAUGCUUUCCUAUUCCACAAUGUACAAUUUAGGCACGCUAUUGCUGAUUCAUUUACGGAGCAGAUUAGAAAAUAUCACAGUUAACCCAGGGAAAACAUAGGUCUUUACAUCAGUUAACCCAGGGAAAACAUAGGUCUUUACAUCAGUUAACCGUCUUUACAUCAGUUAACCCAGGAAAAACAUCGGUCUUUACAUCAGUAUUACACCAUUGGCAGCAUUUAAUCAGAUUUAUGUGUUCAAUUGUGAUGUAACUUGAUGUACACUACGAAAGUCAGCUAGCUCUUAGUCAGAUCUUAGUCAAUAUUUUAAUGAUCUUAAUUAAAUGUGAAGUAAUUUGAUGUACAUGACAGUAGACAGUGAAUUAUUAAGUCAGAUCUUUGUCAAUAUUUUAAAAGAUUUUUUAAGUCAUUU